GAAUGUGAGAGAGGCCUGAGAGAGUGGGGGAAAAGGAGAGAGAAGAAAAGUAUACACCUCUGCACAUUUCCUUUCAUUUCAGUUUGUCUAUCAUUCAGUGAACUUCCUGUCAUCGCAUUGCUUGAGUUUGAAAUGGAACGCUGGCUGCAGCUGCUGGUGCUUUUUCUGGGCCUGCUUCUCGUUAACACAGACACAGAUGUCCAAAAACAACCUGUCUCAUCCACCAGUCCUCCAUCAACCAAUACAACAACGUCCGCCACUGUGCCCAACUCCAGUUCCAUAGCUCCAUCAACAAGAGCAGUGGUCACUCCUGCACAGCCAUCCCCUGAGUUGGUCUUGGUGAAAGUGAAAUGGUCAACCCAGAAUCCAUGCAAGGGGUCUGUCCACCUCACCUGGCCCGACGGUGAAGAUAAAUGUGUCUGCAAGGAAAGUGCAUACAAGAGCAAACUCGUCGGCCUCUGUCACAAUACGAAAUGUGGACAUUUCCAGAGCUGGGUAACCUCUAGGCCUGUGACCUGUGACGGCCUGCAUAUUCUUGGUAAUGGGAAUAUAACACGGAGGAAUUGCGCGGCACUCCAUGUUCAGUGUACAGGCUGCAGCGGGGAGGUGGUUGCCUACAAGGUCAUCACAGGUCUGCUUCUAGUCCUGGUGCUGGGGGUCCUUCUGCUCCGCUUCGGGAAACCUACAUACAACGCCCUCCGCAAAAGACUGAGGGGGCAGAGGGGGCAGACGCGAUGGAUUGGCCCUACGCAAAGCCAAAGUGUGUACUAUAACAGAGAACAACAGGCCGGCCUGCAACCCAACAACAACACAUUCAAAAGACACUCCUAUCCAGCAGCCUUAGAAAAGCUCACAGUGACGUCAAGCAGAGAGCCUUCGUCUAACCGGAACAGCGACUAUUCGUACAAUUAAAUGAGAAUCUUUUUCAACGUUUUGUUGUCAUUAUCUUCAUCACCAAAGUGUUAUUUAUCUGAGUGAUGCUGGCUUUAUUUUGUAUUGUGCAUUUUACACUUUUUUUUUGGAGGGGGGGAGGGGAUUAAUUUUCAUAACCAUGUACAUAAAAUUAUCUUUCUUUGAAUUGCAUUUUCUGAAAUAAAGCCCAUUCCUGAGAAAACACAAACUCG